AAAGCAUAUACCGUACACUUCCGGUUGGGUGUGCUUAUCAAAACAGAAGAGAAGUUACUGUUUUUUAAACGAAUUUAUUUCGAUAAAUUUACAUGAAUUUGGGAAUAUUCUGCCUACAAAAUGUUUAAUCGUCUUAGGAAGAAAAAAGAGGAUAAGCCACCCUCCAACACUCCUACUCCUGGUAGAUUUACCCUUCCCAAUUUGCUAGGUAACAGGAAUGAUGGGAAUGGUGUCAGUGAAGCACAGGGAUUUUUAUGUCCCACUUGUAUGCUAAAUUUUCAAACUGCUGAGGCGCUAGCUACUCAUUUUGAUACAGCUCACAAUGGAGAGGAGGCUACUGACCCCCCAAUUGAAGAUCAAGGGGAAGGAUUUCUGUGUCCUAUGUGUAAAAAAUCUCUGACCUCACCAGAGGAGUUGACCAGUCACUAUGAAACUGCACACACUGAUGCACCCACCGUAACUACCCCAGUUAUGAGGAAUGGGGAGAUUUCAGGAGUGGAAAUUCAAGAGCUAAGAAAGGAAAUGGAGUUGCUCCAAACACAGCUCAGGGGAUCUGAGGAGAGUAGAAACCUAUUGGCCAAUGAAAUAUUUCACAAAGAACAAGAAACCACAGCUGCCAACAUGCAGUUAGAAAUGGUCAAGUUAGAAAAAGAAAGGUUGGAAUCAAAGGCAGCCCAGUUGGCAGGUGAUUUGGCAACCAUGAAAGCAAAAGUAGAUGAAAGUGAAGGACAAAAGUCAGCUCUAGAUGACCAUAUCAAAACUUUAAAGGGUCAACUAGAAGACAAGAAUAGCUACAUAAAAAAUUUAGAAACACAGCUGGCACAGAGUGAAGAAGAAAAAGAGAAAAAGCCUGCUGCUGAUGAUGUGAUUGUCUUGAAACAAGAACUAGUAUCAGUGCAGACCUUGAUGGAUAAGAUGACACAGGAGAGAGAAAAAGAAAAAGAAGAACUAGAAAAAGAUUACAAAAUCUUAAAGGACUUGCAUGCUGUAAAAGAAACAGAAUUAAAAGAACUGCAAGAAAAACUGACAAAUUCUCCAAAAUCUGAAGAGGUUCAUUUACUUCAGACAUCAAUCAAGGAAAAAGAUUCUACUCUUGCAGAACUUAAGUUGUCUACUGAAAAAUUAAAAAACGAUUUGAGCCAAAUGACAGAAAGUAGAAAUAAGCUGCAAGAACAAAUAGAACAGCUGAGUUGUUCUGCUGGAGAGGGACAAAAUGUCAUUGCCAAGCUGCAGGAGUCACUCUCCCAUGUGGAGGAAGAAAAGAGAAAUCUCCAGAACACACUUCUCACAACACAGAGCACACUGACACAGGCUGAAGCUGAAAUAGUUCAACUUCAAGCAAAGAUAGAUGACAACACAAAAGUUUUAAAUGAACACAUAGAGAAAGUCAACCAACUGCAAAAGUCUCUUGAGGAUAAAGAUGAAAUGAUCAGCCAAACUGGAAAGACUUCAGAAAAGGAUAAAGAAAUCUUUGAAAAAAGAUUGAAUGAGAUGAAAGAGAUAAAUAAAAAAUUGGAGGAAAGCAAUAAGGUUUUAGAAGAAAAAUCUAUAGAGCUGAGACAUGAAGUAGAAGAUAAAACAAAAAACAUGAACUUAUCCCUACAAGAAGUAGAUAGAAAUAAAGGAGUACUUGAUGACCUUAGAAGUGAAUUAACAAUGGUUCAAGCAAAACUAGAAGAGGCAAAGAAAACUUCAGACAACAGGUUAGCAGAAAUCUCUAAAGUUCAAAGUUCACUUGAUGAAAAGACAGAAGCUUUGAACCAGUCCACAGAGGAGUUGCAGAAAAGCAAGGAUGCUGUGGCAGAGUUGGGCAAAGAGCUGGAAGCUGUUAAGCUGUCUUUGAGUGAGAAAACUACCCAACUGGAGAACCUACAGAAAACAAUGGGAGACAGUGAAGCCUCGACCCAGGUUGUUUUAGUACAAAAAGAUCAACAAGUUAAUGAACUAACCUUUAAAGUAGAAAAGCUUGUGGCAGAGCUAGAAAUCAAAUCAAGUGAAGUUUUAGAUUUACAAAACCAGCUUGCCACAUCACAUCGCAGCUUUGACGAGGAAAGAAGAUCUUCAGAUGAACUGAAGGCACAAAUUGUUGAACAGGAAGGCAAACUAGAGGAAGGAGCUAGAAAAAUAGGACAUUUAGAAGAAAAGCUGAAAGAUCUAGAAGGAAAGUUAACCACCCUUGGAGAGGAUAAGGCCAGGCUGGAAACUGAAAGGCAGGAUCUUGUAGCUAAGAUAGAUGCAGGCGAAGGGGCCAAUGAGUUAAUCAGCCAAAUGAAACAAGAAAAUGUCUCCAUUCAAGAAAAAGUUACAAACCUUGAGGCCACUUUACAGAGCCAAGCAUCCGAACAUGCCAACAAAGAGGAAACUUUGCAUAAACAAAUUAGAGAGGUCAAGGGUCAGCUGCAGGAAGCAGAAACUAAAGUAUCAAAGCUUGAAGCACUUGUAGAAGAAAAGUCCACAAAACUGACAGGCACCUUGCAGAAGCUACAUGGUGUGGAGGCGGAGCUUAAAACCAAAGCUGAACUGCUGCUUGCGUCAGACUCAGCUAAAGCCAGCCAGAGAGUGGACCUAGAAAACCACAUCAAGACUGUCACCAGCUCACUGGAGAAGGCAAACUCUCAGCUGACAAGUGUAAAGACUCAGCUGGACCAGGCAAAUGUUGAUGUGGCAUCCAAGAAGGAAAAGAUAACUCAGCUUGAAGGAAAACUACAUGAAUCCAAAGAGAAGUUAUCCCAAACAAACCAAAGAGCAAACUCCUUAGAAAGAGAGCUCAAAGAAAAGGGUAUAAAAAUGGCAGAAGUUGAGAAAGAGAAAAAAGAGCUUCAAGAUUCUCUGAGCUCAACAAAACAAACCCUGGAUGAUGUCAAGGAAAAACUGAACAAAACUGAUCAGGAUUUACAAGCAGAGAGAAGCGCAAGAGUCUCAGAGAAAAAUGAAUUGACAAAAACUGUUGAAAAACUGACAUCAGAAAAAUGUGAACUACAAAACAAGUUGGACUCAUUGACUGCAAGCCUGUCAGAAAAAGAGAAAAAAGUUUUGGAGCUAACCCAAGCACUAGAGGACUCCCACAAGAAACUUGCUGCUGUACAGUCAGAGCUGAAGCAAGCUCAGGAAGGUUUAACUAAGACCAAAGAGACUUUGUCUGCUGAGAUAAAAGUUUUAACAUCAAAUCUGGAAAAAGAGAAAAAUCUGGCCACUGGCACAGUAGAAGAGCUACAGAAACAGAUCACUUCUUUGGGCAGUGAGAUCAGCAGUUUAAAUCAAGACAAGGCUACGCUAGUUGGACAGUUAACUGAACUAACCACACAAAAUCAACAAAAAAGUUCUGAAAUUGGUGCUCUCAAAUCACAGUUUGAGAAUGAAAAGAAUGAGCACUUGAGAGAGAAGACUCAGCUGGAAUCAAAUUUCAAAGACCUUGAGUCUGAGCUGAAGAAACAAAUCACAGCUCUAGAAGAAAACAUUACUGCUGAGAAGAAAAUUGUUGAAGAGAAAGAAAAAUCCUUGCAAGAUUUGAAACUAAAGGUUUCACAGCUUGAAGACACAACCUCCAGUUUGGAAUCCACCAAGAAAGAUCUGGAAUCAAGAGUUUCUGAGUUACAGAAUAGAAUAGAUACACUGCUGGCAGAGAAAAGCACAUCUGAGAAAAACUUGUCUGAAACUCUUCAGUCAACUGAAUCAAAACUUGCAGACACUACAUCAAAACUUAAGGCUGCUGAAGACAAACUAGACCGUGUGGAAAAUAUGAAUGAAGAACUGAAUAUGAAACUUGAACAGAGAAAUGAAGAACUGAAGACCAGAACUGAUGAACUAGAUGUGGCCAGGAGCAGAGAGGCAGAACUAAAUAAUUCAUUUGAACAGUUGUCUGAGAUUCGUGGUGCCAUGAAUACACAGAUGCUGGAGCUGGAUAGAGAGAAGAAAGAAGCUGUUGAAAUAAAAGAACAACUGAUUAAAGAAAAGAACUCUUUAGAGCAAGAAGUUAAAGACCUUAGGGCCAUACUUGAAGAAACAACAUCAGAGAGAAACCAGUACCACACUGAGGCUGAUAAACUGAAGGGAUUACUGGAAACUGAACAAGAGGAAAGGAAAAAAGAAAUCGCAAAGCUGCAAGAGACAAAAGAUUUGCUGAUCCAGCAGAAAAUGGACAUCCAGGCAGAGUUACAGAAGCUGCAGGCUGAAGCUGGACGCAUGACAUCACAGCUGGACAAGGUCAAGCAAGAGGCUGAUGAAGUUCAGAAGAUUUUACGCCAAGAUAACUCUACAUUGCAAGACAAACUUGAAAGUCAGAAAUCAUCCUAUGAGACCUUACAGAGAGAGAAGGAAGAGGCUGAUGCCAGGAGUGAGAUGCAGUGCUCGUUGUUGAGUGAGAAUUUAACCACAGUGCGGACAGAUUUAACCGUGGCAGAAAGCAGAGUAGAGGAACUUACCAGGGUCACUGACCAGCUGCAUGGGGAAAAACUUGAACUUGAGGCCAAAUUAGAACACAACAAUGAUGAAAGAAGAGUGCUUGUUGAGAGGUGUGUUGCCAGUGAAAAAGAGUGUGAGAAGCUGCGUGAGAAAGUGGCAGAGCAGAGACGUAAGCUGGAGGACAUGCAGGCAGCCCUGCAGGAGCUGGGGAGGGAGAACCAAACUCUACAGAUAACCACCACCAAAGUACAAACACGCAAGUGGACUGACGACAGCGAGAUCACUGAGUGCACUUCCUGUGGAAAGAUAUUUUCAGUCACAGUGAGAAAGCACCAUUGUCGUAACUGUGGGUUAAUUUUCUGUAAUGACUGCUCAAGCAAGACAGCUCAGGUACCGACAGUGAAAAAACCGGCUCGCGUCUGCAACCCAUGCUUCACAGAACUCAGCACUCGCAAAUAGCCCAUGGACAGGGUUGAAGGUUUUACGGUCACAUUACACAGGGCAUCAAGUGGAAGAAUGAUUGAUAGGUCAUGGGAUAUCAAGUGAUAAAAUUACUAAAAAGGUCAUAGGUCAAAGGAUAUCUUAAGGAAAGAUUAGAAAGUGAAUGUAAAUGUGCUCUGCUUCUGUUUGUAAGAUAGUUGUAUAUUAUGGCAAGACUGAGGCAUCCUACAAAUUAAAUUUCUCAUUCAUGCAACAACAAAAAAACUCAGUGAUUUUAAGGUCAGUUAUAACAUGUAUUUAAAAAAACAAAAAAUAAAGUAAUUUAUCAGCCUUCUUCAAAUUUUAAUUUACAACUUGUGAAAAAACUGAUUCUGAAAAAUAUCAUUUUUGUUUGAUUCAUUUAACUUUUUUUUUAAAUGUUGCUUUUGUAAUUUUAAUUUUUGUAAUAUUUAAUUGUUUUAACGUAAGUGGAAAGAAAGAAAAGAAACAAACUAGAUAGAUUGUCAAAAUGUCUAUGACGGCUGUUUAUGUCUGAUAUUAGCUAUUUUAACUUUGUUAUCAGUUGUAUUUUUGUAUCUGAUGCGGUUUUGUCUGUGGCAUUAGCUAAUUGCUAAUAUAUAAAAACUGUUCAUAUUUUGUUACCAGCUUCAGUGCAGCUUUUUGUGUUGAAUAGACAUCAACCACCUAUCUAAUUUACAUCUCUUGGAGUUGUACAAUAUUUAUUUCUCUAAAGCAGAUGUAAAAACUGUGAUGUUUGUGUGAUAAUGAGUGGUAGUUUGUAAAGACUUGUUUUAUUUGUGCUGUUUUGAAGUUUUAUGCUUACAAGUUUUUGUAUUUAAAUUGUUCACAAAAUAAAUGUACAUUAAUUGUUCUGUCAUCUCUUUGAAAUGUCUCCUUAACUAACUUAAUUUGUUUUAUCUUUUUGUUGGAUAUUGAACAGUAUCUCUCCUUUGGUUCUUCUGAUAGUUGUUAAGUCUUGUACACAGCUGUAGCUUUCCUUUAGUUUGGCGAAUUGUUUUGUUUGAUAUAGAAUUGUAGUUCCCCUAUAUUUUUUUUGUUGUUCAUACUUCAUUGUAUUUUUUAAUUAUGCUAUGGUAAGAUUAUAUCUUGUCAUAUGUCCCAUGGUCCUAUAUGUGAUUUUAUAAAGUGGUCAAGGGUUCUCAAAUGAGGUUGGUGAAUGGGAUGAUUUAAUAACAAAACUUUGGCUGAUGUACUGUGUCAUUUGUGCAUUUCUUGCCAUUGUACACAAGCUGUAAGUAAAGGUUACUUAACCUUAUGUGUAGUAUAUGUUGUGGAAUUGUUUAAAGUAGGAGACUUUGUUGUUACACAACUGAAUAGAAAAAGCCAUUUUUUGAAAGGAAACUACUGUCAGCAUGUAGGAUUUGAUAUUAAUUGAACCUGCAGAUGUGUCCUGUUUUAGUUUGAAUUUAAAUAUUUGUGACAAAAUUGUUCACUUUGCACCUCAAGCUAUUUUAAUAAAAUUAAAUAUUUGUUCAAAUGUAGGCCCCUAUUUGACACACAAGUUUUUUUUUUUUUAAAUCUAAUGCUUUUAAAAGUAGAGCACUAAUUAGUAAAACUACGAGAUAAUUGAUGUGGAAUCAUGUUUAAGGUAGAGUUAAUAUUAAAAUUAUAAUUUGGGGACAAUUAUGACUGAUUCCUAAACAGCUUUCACCAUUAUAAUGAGGGUCAAAAGACUGACUUAUCAACUCAAAAUCAGUCUGAGGUGCAAAGUGACUCAAAAUGAAAGGUUUACAUUUGGUUUUUUUUUGGCUAUGCUAGCUGCACUGUUCUAGAACUUGGCAUUCUGUUAAUACACUCAUAAUUAACAUUGGUUGUGUUUUAUUUGCACAACAGAAGAAAAACAAAUGUGUUGUUUAAUACAGGGUUGUCGCCUAGUUCCUAAAUAUUACAUUUUUAACAGCUAGUGCUCAGGUUUUUUGCAGCUUUAAUAUUGUCUGAUUUAAUAAGUUGUGCCAAUUUAUUUUGUGCAGUUUACAUCAAUAUUUUUUUUUCAUUGUGAGUAUGAAUAUAUAUUUGUACAUUUAAGAAGAAAAUCUUUCUUUCCAGUGAACGUUAGAUUGAAAGAUUUUGUUAUACUAAUUUUAAAUUUAUCAUAAUUAAAUCUGAAAUGGGUCUAAGACUAAUAGAUUUUUGAGUCUGAGUUAAUAUUGCAAGUUACGCUGAAUGUCGGAGAAAUAUGUGGGUUUACUAUUGUUACCAGUGAAUGUAUUAUGUUAUUGUUAGUUAAACUGUCUGGUAUUAGAAACUGUCAUAAUAAAAUUUCCUUUACAAUCUUUAAUAGUACUUAUAGUUUAAAAUUUUAUCAAGAAAGAUUAUAGUUAAUUAUCAUUAUGAUCGUAUUUUUUUAUAUAAUGUCAGAAAAAUGUAUUACAUUUUCUUUAGAAGUAAAAUGUAAUGACAAUUUUUUAUUCCACACUCCAAUGUAUUUAGUUCAGUAUCCAUUCCCUUUAUGAAUUUGUACAUAUACAUUGAUUUUCAUAUGCUUUAUUUAUGUAUUUGCCCAAAAUAUUUUAAUAUACAUAACUUUUGUAUAAUGUAAUGUUUACCUGGGUAGGGUAUUGCUAAUUUCUCCUAUGACAAGAUACAAUAACCUCUACAAGACAUGUCACCAUUUUCUUUUGUUUAUCUUUCUACAAAUUUAUUUUUAUUAUCAGAGAAAUCUUGUGAUAAAUGGGUGUGACCAAUCACAGCCUUCCUCUUAACUAUAUCCAAUCAGAAUUUAACCACUUAUUUUCUGUGCACAGAUGGGUUUUUUUUUUUUGUCAUUACCUGGCUAUGCUCUAUCAAUAUCAGUUUAUGACAUCUUAAGCAUUUGUUUCUUUGAUAGCCCAACAUUCCAAUGGACUUUAAAAAAUAAAUACUAGGUUAUUUUAAAAAGAGGCUUUUAGCCACCUGCUGUGCAAGUUUUAUAACUGUUUAUUUAUUUUAAAUAAGUUUCUCUUUGAUUAGUAAUCAUUCAAUACUUUAGGUAAGGCAUUUUUUUUUAAUAUUUUACUGACCAACUACUAAUAAGAGUGUUCAAUGGAUUUCAAAAAUGAAUAAAGCUCUUUCAGUUUGAAAAUAUACAUUCUUAUUGCAGUUUUAAACUUUAUUUUAGUAGCUUUACAAUUGGAUUGGAAUGAAUUAAAAAGUUGAUACAAUGUCUUUCCACUAUUUGUCCUAAAAAUGUACAUGCAAACUUAAAGUAUAUUCUAUGAAUAGAAAUUAAAUGAAUAGCAAACCUUUCCUAGACAAUUGUUACAGGUAGUUGUAAAUGCAUGAAUGCAAUGGCUCAUGGUUGAGAGAUUUUUAUUUAGAGCUUAGGUUAUAACUUUUAAGGUUAGAACUAACAGAUGAGCUACUAGGAGGACUAGAGCCUGGUUUACUGUAUACUAACUGCUGUAAUCAACAUUUAAUGACAUAAAAAUGGUGAAAUUUCA